AAUUGAUCAACAGAACUCGAGGACCAGGGUCACCCGAUUCCUCAUGCGCCGACCCCAAGACGACGAGGCUGCGGAGGUGAAGUCGGUGUCUACACCCAUGGAUUCGGCGUACAGGUUCACAAGCACGCCGCCGCACGACGUGCAGUUGAUCGCGGGCUCGGCCUCAAGGGAACCUGAGAACCCACUACCAUCGACAAAGCCUCCCAGUUGCGUCCAAGAACCCUCCUCCAUCAAGCUCUGGUCGAAAGCCACGCUUGUCAAGGUGCUGUGGUUCUUGGCCGACGUCGUGUUUUCGUUGUCGCUUCUGUUGGCGACGGCGGUUCGCGGCAGUGCUCUGUCUUCGCUAUACCUCCUGUCAUGGAUCAUCGGCAUUCUGUACUCGUUCAAGUCGCGCGCGCUGGCCGCGUUUACGAUCCUCGUGGCCACGGUCGGGGUCGCCGCCAACACGUACUGCAUCGUGUGGUACGAAACCGCGCGCGCCAACGACGACAACGCCGCGAUGCUCAACCUCCCCACGAACCAAUCGGUGGCGGAUAUGUUUCCAAUCCCGGGCAAGGACAUCUUGGCCGUGGUGGGGAUCAAGUACAUGGAGUCAUGGGACGACUACAUGUUUGGAGUGGGGCCAGAUGUGCUGAUUUUGGUGUCCACGAGUGUGCACUUGUACUUCAUCUACCGACAGCGCAAGACGCAGGACGCCGCCAUCCCCAUCACGAUGCCAUCCGCUACCGCCGCCCCUUCCUCGUACUUUUCCAAGGAAGCGCUCGUCGUGAUCCUUCGAGGCAGCGAGCUUAUCGUGCUCGUGUCGCUGCUCCUGUGUGCGUUCUCGUCCCCGGGGUACCUUGGGGCGCUGUACUACCUCGUUUUCACCUACUGCUUGGUUGUAUGGACGUUCUGGAGCCCCAAAAUCACCCGAAGCCAGCUCGAACGCCACCAGUCGACGUUUUGCUACUUUUUUGGCCCCACGUCCAUGAAACUCAUGAUUGCGUAUACGAUCCCCGUCCUCUUCUUCUGCCAUGGGUACCAAUACCCGCAAUUGCACGAUUCAGCCGUGGGUCGGCACAUUGGACAAUACGCCAAUAUUUUCGUCUUGCCAGGGACAUGGGCGAAUUGGCAAGGCUACGUCUUCUACGGGUCCACCCUCUUCCUGCUCGCCACUGCCUCGCGCACGUACCCCAUCUACCUGCAACUGGCGUCGUCGUCGCUUCCGGCCUCCUCUUCGUCUGAUGCCACGUCCGCCGUGUCAUCAGCAUCCCUCCAACGGGUGCCGUCGACUGGCGAGUCCGUCUACCACGACUCGCAGCCGCUCGUGAUGUCGUCCAGUCUGCGACACCGUCGCCUCCGAGACGGCUCUGCCAACAACCUGUCGUCCCAAGCAUCAUCCUUCUAUUCCGCCCGCGAAUCGGUCCACAGCGACGACACCCCCCACGAGUCGGAACAUGCCGCCAUCGUGUCCGCCCAGGACCUUUUGCACCAGGAAAACCUUGUCGUCCGCGUCUUCCUCGAAGAUCGGGGGGUGCUGGGGGCGAUCGCAGCCGCCGUCUUCUGGUGUGUGUCGUACCCGUCGCACCUCCUCGGCGUCCUCUUCGGCAUGGCGCUCGUGACACUCGGCACGUACGGCCUCGUGAUCCCGCGCCUGCUGCUGCUCGUGCUCAACUUGUACGCGGUCGUCGUGUCCGUCGUCACAUAUGCCCUGGACGUGCCCAUCCUCGUCUCGUUCCAGUGGGUUCAAUCCCAAAAGGCUUUGCUUGGAGUCACGAGCUCCCAGUUUCCGCUCGUGGACCUGUCUAUCCACCACUCGUGUCUGAUUGUCAUGUGCUUUUGCCUGCGUAUUCGUCUGCGAUACCGUGACCUUCUUCGAGAACUUCGAGAUGACCAAGCACUUGAACGACUCAACGCCCAAGUCCGCAUCUCCGCCUUGUCCGACAUGUCUGCCGCCGACACGCCGUCCCGCGUGCAGCAUGACAACUUUCAACCGCACCGGAUGACGUACUUGGAAUUGGCUGCGCUUUGGUUCAAGGACAUGCAGUGUGUGCUCGUAUCACUCCUGGACACCACCGUACUGUUUACGAUCUUUGUCACGGUGCUCAGCACGUCAGUAAAUUUGCUCCAAACGGGGUAUCUCAUGUUGGCUGCGUUUGUGGCCGUGUUUCAGCGUCUACGACGUCGCAUGUGGCGGUACUUGCUCGCGUAUACCCUCGUGGUGUGCUUCUUAAUGUACAUUUGGAACGUGGUGUGCCCGACUUCGUUUGACCGGACGACUAUGGAGACGGUGGGGCUCACGUGCUUUGCCGGGGCCUCGCCAGCAUCUUCCUGGAACGUUCUGUGGCCGACGCUGUUCAUCGCGCAGCUGAUUCUGAUCGUCCAGGUCGUGAUCCAGCUUGUCAUUUACAUGAAAUCCGACUCGGGGCGACCCGACCGCGACGCGAUGAUGCGGCAGGCCCCGGGGCGGCCCAUAUACUUUAUCUCUCGGCUAACAUUAGAAGUGGACCUGGUGUUCCGAUUGGUGGGGGGCGUGGUGGCGUACGCCGGCUUCCUCUUCCUGGGGUUCGUGUACGAAGUGGACGCAGACGGCCGCGUGACGCUGAUCGGACUGCUCCAAGUGCUGCUCAUGUUUACGUUGCUCGGGUCGCAUAUGGGCAGUAUGGUCAAAUCGCCGCGGGGGAACUCGACCAAAACGCAGUUUCUAUGGCGACUUGUGCUCGUCUACGAAGGGAUCGUGCUUGUCCUCCGGUACAUUUACCAGUUUCGAGCGGUGGAGGACUUUAUCCGGACGCAUUGGCACCUCACGAAUGUGCUCACGAUCGAAGACUUUGGCUUGAAGCGGUACUCGGACACGAACGAAUUGUCGGGGUUGUUUGCGUACCUAUUUCCCACGGCACUGUUGGCAGCUGUGACAGCGUGGCACUUGCGUUCCAUGAAGCGCAAGCUGCCGACGUACGAGAUCCUGACGCCGGGCCGCAGUGUCGCGAUGGAUGGCGUGGUGGCGGUCAUGGCGGAGUUCAAGCGCAUGGUGUUCGUCAACAGUCCGAUUGUGUUGCUGCUGUUCAAUAUGGGCGUGGUGUGCCACAACAUCAACGCGUUCAACGUCACGUACUUGUCGCUGUUACUUGCGACACUGUUCAAGCCCAAGUGGACCGGGUCGUGGAAGUCUCUCUUCUGGCUCUCGUCCUUCUUCGUGCUCUGUUUGUACGCGUUCCAGGCGCGGUCGCUCCAGCCAGACAAGCUCGCCGUGUUGUUCGGGUCCGACUUUGCCGCCAAAGUCGAAGAAAAUGCCAACUGGUUUGGCCUCGCACGGAUCAACAAGGCACUGGCGACCUCCUCUUCGUCCUCCUCUUCGACUGACACGGCGAAUGGCGGCAACUACUUCCACGCGACAAUUUGGUCCAUGACGUGGCAACACCUCGUGGUCAUGCUGCUGUGCGUCGUGACCCGGGCCUCGCACUUCUGGGACCCAGACAAGGACAAACCAGUCGGCCGCCGGCGCAAACACCACCAGCAGCCCAAGCGCCGCGAGACAUCCGAGAGGUGGAUGGCCGACGCCGAAGACGCCGAUGAAUAUGAAGACGGCGGGGGAGGCGCGCCUCUGUUGAAGUCCCUCCAGGACUUUAGUGUUCGGUUCGUGUCGCAGGGAUCUGUGACACUGACCAUGCUCGUUCUGCUCGUGAGUGCAUUUGUGCAUCUCAACAGCAUCAGCGUCGUCUACUUGGUGGUCGUGCGGUGGAUCCUCGCGGCCAACCCCGUCACAGUGUGCCGCAACUGGACGUACCUCGCCAUGAUGCUCGUCUUCGUGUGUGUGACACAGUACUUUGUCAUGCUGUGGCUCCCGCCGUUUAUGAACCGACCGCGCCAGUCGCUGCCGCCAUGGACGUGGUUUGAGUUUGUCUACCAAGAGUACUUUGCACUCAACUUUCAGCACCCGUGGGGCCUCUUCUGCGACUACAUGUGCCUUCUCGUGGUAUUUAUGAUACCUGGUGCGAAAACCUACUACUUAGAGAUGGAGCAGCGCGAAGGGGCGGCGGCGGCGCGCGCGGCGCAACUGCUCGUGUCCGGCCACGUCGACUCGCCCCCCGUCAGCGGCGGCCCCGUGCCCGGGGACGUCCACGACUUCACGACCGACGCCCUGCGGAACCAGCGGCCGUGGCGCCUCCUAGUGUUUGUGGUUAUGAACUACUGGGUCUUUGGGCUGCUCGUACUCGUGUUCGUGUCCGGAUGUGUGCGGUCAGGCGUCACAUCUGGCAUUUACUUGGCGUUCGCCAUCUACAUGCUGCUGCACGUACAUGCUGUGGACGACCCCCAGAGUAAAAUGCUGUGUCGGCUGCGCGAUGUGUCGUGGGGGUACUUGUUUCUGCUCAUCUUGUUUCAACUGCCCGUGUUUAGCGAUGUCACAGAUCAAUGUGAGAUCGGCACCAACAGCCAAUCAGAUGGCGUGUGCCUGUCGUUGCCGGCAGUUCUAGACUUUAACAAGUUGCCCAAGAACUACCCAGGCGCCCCCCCGUUGCACAGCAACUUGCCCAUCCUGUCGAUAUUGAUCUUUUGGAUGACCAACAUUCAGGAACUCAUCUUUCGGUCCCCCAUGUACGACUACGUCCGCGCGUACACGAGGCGCCAACACGACCAGAGUCAUGACCGACGGAAAGCGCUGCAUGCUGAGGUGCUACUGGAUCGACUGGAGCGGUGGACAGCACUCAAGCAGGAAAAGCAGGCGGCGAUUCUGCGCCUCAAAGCCAUCAUCUCGCGCAUGGUCAACAAGGUCGAGGAGAUGAUGGACAUCGCAUCGGGACUCAACUACAGCCUCCCGCCGUCCGCGCCCCUCGCGCCGACCAUCGUGCCCCACGAAACCACCCAAAACGCUGUCACAGUCACGUGGAGCCCGCCACCAGGCCCCUUGCUGCAUCGCAUUCGGUACUACGUUGUCACACGCCAAGUGUACCCGCCGACGACUCUGCUGGGCGACUACACGGAUCCGGUGGAAGUGAAAGCUGCUGCUGCUGCUCCUUCUACUUCGUCCGGCGGCGUGCCCACGCGGGUGGUCGUGGACGGAUUGCGUCCAGGGACGUCGUACCAGUUUAAAGUGUCGGCGGCAUCUCGCAUGGGCGAAGGGCCGUUCAGCGCCCCGUCCGCUCCGAUCCAGACGAUUCCGUUGAAUUGGGGCGGCACAUGCUUGGCGGGGUGGGUGCAGUACCACAAGCAGCGGUGGCCGGCGCCGUGGACCAGUCGGCUGUGGUUUCAUGCCAAGAUGCUGCCCCGGUACGCCGUCAUCGACAGCCACGCGUUUGUGUGGUACAAGAACGAAGCGAUGGCCCUCAAGCACCGCAGCAUGAAGAAACGCAAGCGCAUGAAAACAUCCUUCUUGACAAGGGACGUGUCCCUAUGCGACCUCUCCGAGUCGACGUAUGGCCUCGCCCAAGUGUACGCGAUUCACGUCGUGGCCAUCGCACGCAAUGCCCAUCAAGUGCGCUAUACGAUCCAGCUGGAAACGGCCGACGAUUUCGACCGGUGGGUGGUGGAGCUGGGCUCGUUGGUGCCUCGGCACGCCGUGGGCGACCGAUUAGAAGCGUAUUUGGAGGCCAAGGGGGUGCCCCUGCCGCCGCUGGAACAGAUGGGGAUGGCAGAUGACGACGAUGAUGAGGACGGACACCGCAGCGAGUGGAGCAGUGUCACAGGGGACGAAAGCUGGCUUAGUGACGCCGAAGACGAAGAGCUCUGCGAAUCCAGAAACAUCGCGGCACUUGUGUACUUGGCCGUGUACUCGUUCUUUUAUUCGCUCCAAGAUGCAUCGAUGCGCCACGAGUCCCAAGUAUACGAAGAAGACGACGAGAUGGUUCCGUCGUGGUAUGAAAUGCUCACGAUGAUCAUCAACGCGUUUCGGAGCAACUCGCGCAACGUGUGCUGCGUCGCGUUCCUGUGCAGUUUUGUGUUUCAGGGCGAUUUGUUGAAUGUCGUGUACGUGUUUGCUGCGUUUGGGUUUCUCUUGGUGGAAAACCCUCGACCGCACUCGUUGGCGUGGCACGUGCUCAUGCGAUAUUCGUUCUGGGUCGUGUGUGCGCGCUACUUGUUCCAGUUACCGUUCUUCUGCCAAAACAUCAACACCAACAGCGUGCUGUAUCCCAGCAUCCAGCCGUGGUGCCCCGAUACACUAGACGUGCCCAAGACCCGAAGCGCGAUCCAGCCCAUGGUGUACUUUGGCUUGUACAAGUUUGACGGCAUUGCAAAUCCGGACGUGGACACCAUGUGGCGCGGUGUCGCAUGGAAUUUUGUUGUGAUUUUGUGCAUUUUAUUUCACCGCCGAGAGCUGCAGCUGCGGGGCAUGUGGCACAAGUCAGUGGAUCACCAGCACGCGUCGACGUCUGCGGAUGCCACGUCAUCGGCCUUUGACCACAUCAACCAAGCUCGGCAUACGCUCAUGUCCCGCGAUUCACUCGAUGACAUGGACGCGUUCGAUGUGGCUAACUUUUUGGCGCGGCACGACCACGACGCCGACGAUAUGACGGACGCCAAGCCAGCCCCCGUCGCAUCAACCACCACCAAACCAGUGGUCUCGUCUUCCAAGGCAGUGGCGUUCUCGAUCGAACGACAAAACAGCAUCGCAGAUAACGUCGUCGCAGAUGAUCUAAUGGAAGAUGCUGGCGGUGGGGAAACGGGAAGGGGCUUGAGUGACGGACGAGAAGCGGUGGAAGACCUGCCGGACCGCCGCCCCGUGUCCCCUAGGGAAGCGUUGCUACGUGCGCAAUACGCCCGUCUGCAACAGCAAGACAGCCUCCAACACCCGUACCUCCGCCAAGAAGAUGAAGAAGGCGCCGACAGGCAGCUAACGUCCUCUGAGUCUGCGGUGGUUAUGCAUACCCAGGAUACCCCCGCGAUCAUGUCGCCCCGGGAAGCGUUGCUGCGACGGAUGGUGUCGACGUCGCCGCCAGCCCCCCCAUCGUCGCCCCCGUCGUCCCCCCGCGACGUGAUGCUGCUCAGAACCUCGUCGCAGCAUUCGGGUCGAUUGGUGCGGAACGGAUCCAGCGAACAACUGGACGAGAACGAAGUCCCCCCCGUGCUCGUGGACCAGCCCCCUCCCGUUUCGACAACCCCCAUCGACCUCUCCAAGCGACACCCCAAGUUGGUGGACAAACUCUGUCGCAGGUAUCCGUCUGCGAUGGCGUUUGUGGGCCGGUUGUGGCCCCCGACGCCCCCUCACUGGGAUAAGGACAUGGCCAAAGCCAUGCUAUGCCCGAAACCCGGCCGCGACUACCUCGCUGUGAUGCUGCUGCUGCCGUUCGUGUGCAUCGUGUACGCGUUUGUGUUCUUCAAGUACUUUGGCGAACCCCUUCGGGACGAUUCAUUUGCAAUCAACGCCAGCGACUCGAUGCUCAAUGGGUACAUGGUGCUCAUCGUACUCUUCGAGCUCACAGUUAUGAUGUGGGACCGUGCCGCGUACGUCGUGGGCUCGGUCAAGCUCAAGGUCGCGCUGCAUGUCACCGUCCUGGUCGGCGUCCACGUCGGGCUCUGGAUCAUGCUGCCAUCUUACAGCCAGUCAUACCUUCCCGCGAGGCCGGGGCUCCAGGGGUUCUACUUGCUGCACUGUGCGUACCUCUGGUGCAGCGCGUACCAGAUCAAGCACGGGUACCUGGUCUUUCGCAGCAACCACUACUCAAAGAAGUCUGUGCAUGAGACAUCGUUUGCUGACGAAAUGUGUGGCAAGCUGUUUAAGGUGUACAUGUUCGUUCCGUUUGCGUUUGAAAUCCGAUGCUUGCUCGACUGGAUGUGCUCGACCACUUGUUUAAACAAGGACAUGUGGCUGCUACUCGAAGAAACCGCGGCCACGCUCUUCCUAGUCCGCCAAGAAAUGGACGAGCGGAUCCGCGACGCUGCCUACUUGAAGGGCACCAAGCGGGUACCCGUGGCCGGCAAGUUUGUGUCUGGCGGCGUGAUUCUCGUCGUGAUGCUGCUGUGUGUGGUGGCCCCGCUCGCCAUGUUUUCAUCGCUAAACCCGACGACAAUUGAAAACGAGAUCACGUCUACAGUGGUCACGUUGGGGCUGGUUCAAGCGGAUGGCACGGUGCAGCAGCUGUACAUCAACGGCGACACCAACAGCGACCGCUUCACGGGCCUGAAUAUCAAAGCCAGUGACACGGUGAUUCAGAAAACGUCAUAUGCAUCCUACUCGAACGAGAUUUGGGCCAGCUCCCCGCCGCUCCGCCGAAACCUCGUCGCACGGCUCAACUCGACAGAGAUGCUGCAGUGGAGCCUCCGGUUCUCGUUCACGCGGGAUGGUCCGGAUGGUAACCAGGUGGUUGCGACAUCGUUCGAGGCGGAGAUGACCCCCAUGGACCGAGCCCUGCUCAUGAAUAUGGUGCUAAACCACGGAUCCACGGCCGACCCCGUGCGCGUCUCCACUUCCCACAACGCCACCACCCCCACUACCCAUCUCGUGCUCUCGACCUCCAACCAGACGUCCAUCUCUGUCACAGCCGACACGAUCACGAUGCCGUCCAUCCGGAUCAAGAACUUUUACACUCCCGUGAUCAAAGUCGGCGCCCAGACCAACCCCGUGCCCCGACGCAACUACAUGAUGCGGGACCUGGACAUCCAGCGCAAUGCUGAAGAUGGCGUCAGCUGGUGGGUCGUCCGGUCGCCCGAUCCCGUCGGUAACGACAAGCUCAACGGUAUCGCAGUCAAGUGCUUUGACGGGUCCGGCGCCGACAAGGAUGGGUUCUGCCUCGUGACUAUCUCCGACAACAUCGUGGCCGGGCUCACCACGCUCGGCAUCGGCAGCUACGGACUCACGGCCGUGUAUAUCUUCGUCGUGUUCACCGUCGGCGCGUUCUUCAAAGACAUGCUGCGAGGCGCCAUGUAUAAAGUACUGUACGAAGAACUGCCCAACCCAAACGAUUUGCUCGAACUUGUCGAGGGGGUGUAUAUUGCGCGAAAGGAAGAAUACGUUGGCCACCUCAAGGACGAGGGGCGACUGUACGAGACGCUGAUUCGCAUGUUGCGGUCGCCCGAGACGCUUGUCAAACUCACAGGGUCCAACUCGAUCCAUAUUCCGCACCCCAAGGAAAAGACCGACUGAUAAAUCAAUUGCAUUCUCAACUAUUAAUAUAUUUUAAUAGUAUUUUUAUCCGUCGUGAAUUGCA